AUGAGGGCAUCAGAAAAAGGGGGAUGUGUCAAUACUGUUGGAAGUAUUAGCACUGCAGAGCAUGUCCGACGGAUGACUAAGGAGAUGGGGAGACCACCAUUGAUGAUUGAGUUGAUUACGAGGACUCGGACAAAAAAAUCGGGAGGUUUUGUCGACGACCGCACCCAGAAAGCUUUUGAUGAUUAUCAGACAUUGCUAGCAAAUUUUCUAGAACACAAUCCGCAAUAUAGGCCAGCAGAGGGGGAGCCGCUUAAUGGGGAUGUUGAUUUCUAUAUUUGGAAUGAGCCGGAUGAUGACGGACUUGAUGACUUUGAUCUUGAUAAUUUUCCGGGUGAAGAUGCCCCGUGA